AUGGCCAAAUACUACUGCUGGGACUGUGACGGUCGAUUCACCAGUACUGAAGCUCUUCAAUCUCACUGCAGCGCAAAGAAACACAUCCAAGCCAUUGAAUGUCCCCAUUGCGACCUGCUUGUUGAAACUGCCAAAGAACUCUCCCAACAUACAAAGGCCAAGCACAUGAACAAAUGCAACGUCUGCCGUACCGACUUCAACUCCAUUGACGCCUUGGUAGCACACAAUCGAGCUAAGCACGACAUUUACUGCUCUGUCUGCAAGCUCGGUUUCCAGAACCCGAAACACUUCGAGGACCACAACAAAGCCAGACACCAGAAGGCUUGUGAGUUCUGCUUGGCAUUCUGCUCGUCAGACAAAGAACUUCAAGCUCAUGUGGCUGAGAAGCAUACCUUUCCUUGCAAGGAGUGCAAGAAUAGGAUCUUCAAGUCCAAGGACGCUCUAAAUUCUCACCAAAAUUCGGAUGCCCACCCCUUGAAGUGCACAUUCUGCCAUGCUCGCUUCAAGACUGAUGACGGCCGUACCGAGCACUACUCGACUGCGCACUUUCGUUGCGAUAAAUGUCCUUUGAUCUUUGGAACAUGGGCACUUCGAGGCGAGCACAUUCUUGAUAAACACACCUUCGGUUGCCCAUGGUGCGAAAAGAAGUUCGACAGCGAAAAAGGCCUCAAGACACACAAGACUGAAUCCCAUCGACAUUCUUGCAAGACCUGCCAGAAGGUUCUGCCAAGCAAAGAAGAUCUUCAAAACCACCUCGUCAAGAGACAUUCAUUCGAGUGUUCUGAAUGCAACCUCAAGUUCAAGUCUACCGACGAGCUAUCAAGCCAUAACUUUGCUAGCCAUGUUAACCGCUGUGAGGUUUGCUCCGUCCCUUUGGCUAUCAAUGAUAAGAAGUCCAAGAGACACGAAUUCGGCUGCGUCAAAUGCAACAAGUGUUUCCCUUCCAUUGAGGCCAGGGAUAAACACAAGAGCAAGGAACAUGCUUUCACUUGUGUGAAGUGUGGUCAGGACUUCAAGACUAUCGUCAAGCUUGAUGAACACAAGACCGUUGCUCAUGGUUUCAAAUGCACCAAGUGCGCCGAACUAUUUAGAUCGGAGUCAGCACUCGCAGAACAUCACAAAAAUGUUCACCAAUUCUCAUGCCGAAAGUGUGAAGAGAAGUUUGACGCGAUAAAUGAGCUCCUUCGACAUGUAGAGCUGAAUCACUUUCACCAAUGCGAUUCUUGCAAGGCAACAUCUGGGGACACUGAAAACUUGGAAGCCCACAAGACGGCUCACCACAAUGCCCUGAAAUGCGGUGUCUGUCCCGAUAUACUCUUCCUCACACAGGAUGCUCUCGAAGCCCACGCCACCGCAGUUCACGAGAAGCAGCAGACACAUACUUGCCAUCACUGCAAGGACAUUAUUUUUCUCUCUGUAACUGCCCUCAAUCAGCAUACUACUUCCUUCCACGAUAGACGCUUCAAGUGCUGUCUCUGCGAUGACUUGCCAUUUCUGACACAAGACACUUUCGAUGAACACUUGAAGACAACACAUGAGAAGAAGCCCGUUUUAACAUGCGAAUCCUGUAUCGAUACCGUCUUCCUCAGCGAAGGAGCCAAAGCCCUCCACUCCGUUGUAAUCCACGGCGACACCUCAACCGUAGCAUGCGCACUCUGUAGCGAGCUAGCCUAUCCUCCCGCCUCGUCAUCCUCUUCCAACGAUCUGCUCACGAUUCACGAGGAAGCAGAGACAAAUUCAGAUCCAGAAGCAGAUUUCGAACCCAAGCAAGAAACCUGGGAAUGCCAUUACUGCCCCAACAACCCCAAUCACCCGUAUCUCACGCAACUCAGUCUGCUCGAACAUGUCAUCACCAACCAUCUAGAAAAGCUACACCAAUGGUGCGAGCAAUGUCCUGAGACGUACUUCACCACCAUCCCAGCCUACGAAUACCACCUCCGUACCUAUCACCCCUGGCCAAAGGAAGACGAAGACAUCACGGUUAACGACACCCUCCCAGCCAAGGCUACAUUCACCUGCCCACACUGCCCCAACCACCAAUGCACCACACCAGGAGAUCUCACUACCCAUCUAUCAGACUCCCACGGCUAUAAAUGCCCCUUCUGCUUCACCAAAUUCGAAAAUAACUAUCAACUGGUUCAGCAUAUCGACGCUAUGCAUUUGCUGAAAUGCUCCUUCCAUGAGUGUCUAGGAACGGGAUUCAAGGGUGAGGAUGCGCUGAAGAGACAUCUUGCGAGGUUCCAUACGAGAUUUGAGACUGUUGUUGUGGGUGAGAAUGGUGGUGCAGGUGGUGGUGGUUCGACUUCGAGUGAGGAUGUGGGUGCGAGUCCGUCGGUUAGUGAUGAGGUUGAUGUUGGCGAGGAGGGGGAUUUGGUGCUGGGUUGA